AUGUCAAGUGGCAAGAAACGGCCCCUAGUGACUACUACACCCAACGUUCACCGCCUGAACCAAAAUAUGCGAUUUCAGGUGUCCGAACGCACCCUGAUUGCGGUCAAGCUGGACGGUGUCCAGUGGAGACUCGUCGGUCAGAUCGACCAGCGCUUUGACCAGAGAGGCUUCAAGUUGGUCGGCAUGAAGCUACUGCAGGCUCGGAAGGACAUAUUGUCCCAGCACUACCACAACCUGCACAAGAAACCCUUCUACCCCAACCUGCUCCGCUGUAUGAGCUCGGGGCCCGCGAUCGCCAUGGUGAGCACUGCUCUGUCACGACUCGGGGCCACAGCUUCAAUGUUGGGACUUCAAGUGACUGUAGCUGCUUGUUGUUCCUGUCCAUUCACUAUAUACGUCUCAAAGGUGCAGUUUUGAAAGAAGCACACGUUAUAGCACACAUGUAUCUCGAUUCUAACAGGCUAAAGAUAGUUCUCAGUUUGUUUGCCUACUUACAAGGUCUGUCACUGUAGCAGCUGGUCAGUUAAUGACAAGAAAAGAAGACCUGGAAGGGUGAGGAAAAUGUCACUCUCCAGGUGAAAUGAAGUGAAAGAUUGCAAACAGAGAUUUCUUUAACUCAAGUACUCGAUACCAUGUUUUCAAAUGAAAACCCCGCUUUACUGCUGUUCCUUUUUAACACUGCUCAUUUCAGACCUAUAUAUUGAGAAGCGCACAACAUUAUGACUGCAAUCUUUUUUUUUCUUUGUUAACAACAAAAAAGCCCCACACGACUUUCCGAUUUAUAAUCACAUUUUGAAAGUGGGAAAGUUUACAGUAAUUUUACCUGCUGUGCCACCACAUCGUUAGAGGCACAUUACAGUUCAUUCACACAGGCUUUUGUGUACCAGUUUGUGUUCUUUCAGGAGGGAAAUUCUCAACACAAAAGUGCAGACACUCUUAAGUGCAGACAGGUGGAGUAGACCUGUGGUUUAUUUAUUUUUUCCUACAUGUGAACAUUAAGACAAUUUGAGUGCUGGCUAGUAGUCCAGUGUUUUGCAUGAUUGCAUAAUUUUUUUUCUAACAGACGUGACAAAUUACGUUAAUUGCUCAUCGCUGAUCCUAAUUGCAUUUCAUGCUUGCAGUCGCCUGGUUUAUCAUUGUGCUUUUAUUAUUUUCACUCGUUUAACAGAGUUGUCCUGACAGAUUUCCUUUUCAGCAUACAAUACCCAGUACGAAAUGUAAACUAAUAGCAUGUCCAUCAUUUAAAAUCUCCUUGAUUUGUAGCAAAGAAAAAAUGAUCUCAAACCCAGUCUUUGAUUAGUCAUUUCCUCUUUAUUGAUGCAGAAACAGCUUUACAAUGACUAAUGAACAUCUGCAGUUUUGAUAGACCUAGGCUGACUUUUUUUUUGAUUGAUUUGAAAUGUAAUUUUAAUAAUGUAGGUCAGAUUGAACAUUGUCCAUCUGCAGCAAAUAGUUUGGACCA